AGGCUCACAGGAGAACAGGGGAGGCUGGUGGAGUCACUCUGAGCCAGACUAUAUAAGCGUGUCUCCUGCCGGCUCAAAGCACUUCUCUCUCUGAGCUCCCUCUGAAGGAGGUGUCAGGAUGAAGCUCCUCUUUGCAGCUGCCUUUGCACUCUUUGCGCUUUUGACCUUCGAUCAGGUCGAUUCCUCUGCUUAUGAUAAAAUCGUGAGCCACAGCCGCAUAAGAGCGAAGAAAGAAGGCCCAAACGUAUGCGCUCUUCAGCAUGUGUUGGGAACCAAGAAGAAGUACUUCAGUACUUGCCGUAAUUGGUACCAAGGAACUAUCUGUGGAAAGAAAGCUACUGUUGUUUAUGAAUGCUGUCCAGGAUACAUGAGGCUGGACGGUAUGCUAGGCUGUCCCGCUGUGGCUCCCAUUGACAAUGUGUACGGAACACUUGGCCUGGUGAAUGCAGUCACCACCCAGCAGUACUCGGCCUUGUCCAAGCUGAAAGAGGAGAUUGAAGGAGCAGGAUCUUACACGUUCUUUGCCCCUAGUAAUGAAGCUUGGGAUCUUUUAGAUGCGGAAAUACGGGGUGCUUUGGUGAGCAACGUCAACAUUGAGCUGUACAAUGCUCUGCAUUACCACAUGGCUAACAAGCGUCUUCUCACUAAAGACCUGAAGAAUGGACUCACCAUCAAGUCCAUGUACAACGACCUUACGCUCUAUAUCAACCACUAUUCCAAUGGGGUCGUCACUGUCAACUGUGCCAGGAUCAUUCAUGGGAACCAGGUGGCUACCAACGGAGUGGUGCAUGUUAUUGAUCGUGUUAUCACUGCUGUGGGAAACACUAUUCAGGAUGUGCUUGACGUUGAUGACGAUCUGUCUUCUCUGAACAAUGUGGCUACUAAUGCUGGUCUGUUGGAGCUGUUGGGCAAACCUGGCCACUACACCCUGUUUGCUCCCACCAAUGAUGCCUUUUCUAAGCUAGACAAGGAAGUGCUAGAUAGGCUUAUGGGAAACAAAGGUGCCCUCCAAGCCCUGUUCAAUUAUCACCUCUUGGACUCAGUCCAGUGCUCAGAAGCCAUCAUGAGCGGCACCUCAUAUGAGACCAUGGAGGGCAGCAACAUUGAAAUUGGCUGUGAUGGAGAGAGCCUCACCGUUAAUGGGGUUAAGAUGGUGCUCAAGAAGGACAUUGUCACCAGUAAUGGAGUUAUUCACCUGAUUGACCAGGUGCUCAUUCCAAACUCAGCUAAGCAGGUGAUGGAGCUGGUUGGCCAGUCACAGUCCACCUUCGGCGACAUGGUGUCAGAACUGGGUCUGUCAGCAGCCAUGAGAGGGGAAGCCGAGUACACGCUGCUGGCUCCCCCCAAUGUCGUCUUCAGUGAUGAGAUCAUGGCAAUGGACCAGGAUGACAUGAGAGUUCUUUUGGAAAACCACAUCCUAAAGAACAAGAUUGUGUUGAGUCAGCUGUUUAAUGGCCAACGUCUGGAGACCCUUGGAGGAAAGUUUCUCCGGGUGUUCGUCUACCGCACAGCUGUCUGCAUUGAGAAUUCCUGCAUGAUUCGAGGAAGCAAAGAGGGAAUUAACGGUGCUCUCCAUCUCAUAAGGACUCUGAUCAAACCAGCUGAAUUCAGCAUGUACAAAGUGCUGAGUGAAAAUGGAAACUUCAAAAUCUUUUUGAAUCUGAUGGAAGCAGCUGGUCUGACUGAAUUGCUGACGCAGGAGGGCGAAUUCACUCUGUUUGUGCCAAGUGAUGAGGCUCUUGCUGGUCUCACUGAGAGAGAUAUCAACAUUCUGAAGAGUGAUCCUAAUGCCCUCAGAGCCAUCCUGCUCUACCACUUCAGCAAAGGCAUUUUCAUUGGUGGAGGUUUGGAGUCCGGAGUCACUAAUCUGCUCAAAUCUCUCCAAGGCAGCAACCUCAAAGUCUUGCAUGGGGCUGACGGUAUGCGGGUGGACUCUGUGCAAAUUCCAGAAUCUGACCUCAUGGCUUCAAAUGGAGUCAUUCAUGUCACCAAGAGCCUUCUGUACCCUGCAGAUGUUCCAGUUGGAAACCAGGAAUUCCUUUCCCUCCUGAGACGGUUCAUCAGGUACAUCCAGAUCAAGUUUGUAUCAGGCUACAAAUUUCAGGAGAUUCCCCUGACAUUCAUGAAGAGAAUCGUCACAGUUCAUGGACAACCCUCGGUAUCUACAGUUACCCGUUUCGUCGAAGGAGACCCAAGACAGACCCACAUCACCAGCUAUAGCGAAGGUGACCCGACCCUUACCAAGGUUACAAGAGUCAUUCAGGGAGGCCCAACUGUAACCAAGUUCACAAAGGUUGUUCAGGGACAGCCAGCCCUAACCAAGGUUACAAGGGUCAUCGAAGGGGACCCAAGUCUCACCAAGGUCACAAGAGUCAUCGAAGGUGACCCAAGUCUCACUAAAGUCACAAGGGUUAUUCAGGGAGACCCUAGCAUCACCAAGGUUACACGGGUAAUUGAAGGGAUUCCAUCUCUUACCAAAGUGACCAGAGUUAUGGAAGGUCCUGAGAUCUUUUUCAGCAACAUUGGCGAAAUGGAGCAGAAUGGGCAACAGACAGAGUACUACAAUGUGGACACGGACGCUGAGAAAUUUACCCAAACUAUUCAAGAAGGAAGACGAGUGCCAGGAAGGCGUGUGCCAGCUGGAAUCAGAAGGAGAACCAGGAUGACCAGCCAGCCCAAGACUCAGUGAGAUGGGAAAAAACAAAUGGACCCUUCAAUGCUUAAAAGAAAUCAGGGGUUCAAGUGGGGAAAAGUGGUCUCUCUUUGUAAGAGCCUUUUGGAUGAGUCCAACUAGAGCUUGGUUUAAACCAAAAAGAGAUAAAUUUACAUUGACAAUCAGUGUUUGUGUUUUGUUCAUUAGCACAUCCAGAGAGGAAUUUCAAAAUUAAACUGUCCCUUUGUAUGUACAUAUUUUUUUUAAUAGUUUUUUUUUUUAUCAUUUUGAUUUUGUAGAGGCUUACAUUAGGAACAGACCAGUGAAAAAGUCCAGUGGGGGAAAAAAAAUGUCAAGGCAACAUGUGGAAAUUGCACACAUCUGCAUAUUUUUUUUAAACAUUAAAUUCCAUUCAGUAGAUCUGUUUCGGAGAAUAUAUCAGAGCGUAUGGAUAACUCCUUAAACCAAGAAGGAACAUGAAUUCAGAUUUUGUUUUAGGGUUGAGGUUGUACUUCUGCAUGGCGAAAGAUUUCAUGGUGCUCAUGUUCAGUAUUUGUUUCUUUCGAAAAAUAAUAAAAGACUGCAAGAUUUUGGUAAAAAAAAAAA